GAGUGUAUACACGAGACUUUACGGUAACGGAAGUGUACGGUCGUGUAACUGUAGUCGAGUGUCGGAGAUUGACGAGCAUAUGGAGUCGAUAUUAAACUGCAGAUCGGAGGAUUUGGAGGAUUAUUAUGGGCUGCUCGGGUGUGAUGAACUGUCCACGACGGAGCAGAUUGUUAAUGAGUUUAAAGUUCGAGCUCUGUCUUGUCACCCUGACAAACACCCAGAAAAUCCCAGAGCAGUUGAGGAGUUUCAGAAGUUACAGGAAGCUAAAGAAGUUCUGACAGAUGAGAAGACACGAAAGAAUUAUGAUCUCUGGCUCAGAAGUCAAAUUAAAAUCCCAUUCAGCGAGUGGCAAGCGCUCAGUGACUCGGUUAAAAUGUCGAUGCACUGGGCUGUUCGGAGUAAAAAGGAGCCGAUGCUGGAAGCUCCCAAAGACCCAGAACAUCAAGACACUCCAUCAGAAAAACAAGAAGAGACAACUUCUGGUCAACUGCCAUCAAGUGAUUAUUGGCAUCACAGGUUCCGCUGGGCCGCUGAAGCUCCUUCAGGCCUUUUAAAGAAGUUCAGGAACUAUGAAAUAUAAAGAUUCAUCCGUCCUCUUGUCAUCUCUUCUUGGCUUUUGUGUGUUUGUCUUCUGUGAUUGUACGUCCUCAGCGUAUAGAGGUGAAUAUCACAACGGAACAAUUUAUGCUUCAUCAUUCGUGUCAUAAUUUUAUUGGUCAUCAGCUAAUAAGUGUUAAAAUUAAUAUUCACGUGCUGAAUAUUUAAAUUGAUUCAGUUGUACAGAGAUCAUCUGGAAACAACAUGUUUUACACAAAAAAUAUUGUGACGUUGGUUAUAGAGUUCAUUUUCAUUCAUAUCAAAUAUUUAAUGAAUGAACUACUGGCAUAUCAUAAAGUUCAAGAAUUGUUACUGUUUGUUUUAUAAUGAAUUCAAAUUUGUAGUUACAUUUGUAGAGUCGAAAGUGUCUUUUUUCUUCUUUUUGUGUUCAUAUUUUUGUCGUGAUAAACACAGAAGCUCGUGCAGUCAGUGUUUUACAUAAAUGUUUGUGUUCAUGUAUUUUUGUAUUGUGUGCUUUUGUAUUGACAUCCAGAGUGUUUGUGCGCUGACAUCUGCAUUAGACAAAAAUAAAACAGCUAUUUUGCAUCUGGACAAAC